GAGGACCCUGGGCUCCCUCCCACCCAGGCCCCAGCCUGCGGGCCCACCUCUGCCGUCAGCUCUGACGUCCUGGGCCCGCUGAGCCGGCUCCCGUCUCCGCUCUCCCAGCAGCUCUGGACCGGAGGGAAAGUUUGUCAACAUGCCGAUCGCACAGCUGCUGGAGCUAUGGAAGAAGAUCGAGGUGGAGCCCAUGGAGAUCGAGACCCCCGAGGAGGACAUGGCCCUGGACUCCACGCCCACCACGGAUGCAGACGCCGCCGAGGAAGAAGGCCAGUGUGACGCCGCCUCGCGGGAGCCGCCGGCCAAACCUGCCCAGGAGGAGGGCGUGGUCAAGGAGAUCGACAUCAGCCACCACGUGAAGGACGGCUGCGAGAAGGCCGACCCCUCCCAGUUUGAGCUGCUGAAGGUCUUGGGACAAGGCUCCUACGGGAAGGUGUUCCUGGUGCGCAAGGCCGUGGGGCCGGACGCCGGGCAGCUGUACGCCAUGAAGGUGCUGAAGAAGGCCACGCUGAAAGUUCGGGACCGCGUCAGGUCGAAGAUGGAGAGAGACAUCUUGGCAGAGGUGAACCACCCCUUCAUCGUGAAGCUGCACUACGCCUUCCAGACGGAGGGGAAGCUCUACCUGAUCCUGGACUUCCUGCGCGGAGGGGACCUCUUCACCCGGCUCUCCAAGGAGGUGAUGUUCACGGAGGAGGACGUCAAGUUCUACCUGGCGGAGCUGGCCCUGGCGCUGGACCACCUGCACGGCCUGGGCAUCAUCUACAGGGACCUGAAGCCCGAGAACAUCCUCCUGGACGAAGAGGGCCACAUCAAGGUCACAGACUUCGGGCUGAGCAAGGAGGCCAUCGACCACGACACGCGCGCCUACUCGUUCUGCGGGACCAUCGAGUACAUGGCGCCCGAGGUGGUGAACCGGCGGGGCCACACGCAGAGCGCUGACUGGUGGUCCUUCGGCGUGCUCAUGUUCGAGAUGCUCACGGGGUCCCUGCCGUUCCAGGGCAAGGACCGGAAGGAGACCAUGGGCCUCAUCCUCAAACCCCCAGGACGAGACCCCAAAGGAGAACGUCGGUGCCAAAAGCCCCCUGUGCUGCUUGGGAAUCACAGUUACUCCCAGGGGAAGUCACAGACGCUCACGAAGCUGUACCGGAAGGACAUCAAGCCGCCCUUCAAGCCCGCGGUGGGCCGGCCCGAGGACACCUUCCACUUCGACCCCGAGUUCACGGCCCGGACGCCCACGGGUGCGUGCCGGCCGCAGCGAGCGGGUGUAACCCUGGGUCCUUGCCGAUGGCGGGUCCGCCUACCUGACCCGAGAAUCCGGGCUCAAGGCGCCUUCACGGGAAAUCGUGGUCCGUUCUGUUGGGGGUUCAUCCAGGCUCCUGGAGACCCCAGCCCCCCACUUCUUGGUCUGAGGUGCCAGUCCAGUGGCCUCCCUUUCAGACGGACACACAGGCUGGCACAGGGCAGAACCUGGAGACACGACCCCUCAGCUGAGGGCCCUGCCUCCAUCCCGCAGCAGCUGCACGGGGACAACGUCCACUUCUCCGACGGCUACGAGGUCAAGGAGGACAUCGGGGUGGGCUCCUACUCCGUGUGCAAGCGGUGCGUGCACAGAGCCACGGACGCCGAGUACGCUGUGAAGAUCAUCGACAAGAGCAGGAGGGACCCCUCGGAGGAGAUCGAGAUCCUGCUGCGGUAUGGCCAGCACCCCAACAUCAUCACCCUCAAGGACGUCUACGACGAGGGGCAGUUCGUGUACCUGGUGACGGAGCUGAUGCGCGGCGGGGAGCUGGGAGCAGAGCUGUGCAUGUGGCCUCCUGUGUCUGAAAUCCCUGCCGCCCCGUGUCCAGCAUCGCUGCCCAUUUGUUAUUCAUUCAGAUCUCACUCACCGCCAGAGGGGCUUGCGGGGGCUCCUCGGGUGCGAGUCAGUGUGGAAGGGGGGGCUGCCUUGCCCUGCUGCAGGGCUGCUCAGAGUAAAGGGCUCCCCCCUGUUAGGCGGUCCCUCCUGCCUCUGCAGGUCGUGCACCGGGACCUGAAGCCGAGCAACAUCCUGUACGUGGACGAGUCCGGGAACCCCGAGUCCAUCCGGAUCUGCGACUUCGGGUUCGCCAAGCAGCUGCGCGCCGAGAACGGGCUGCUGAUGACGCCCUGCUACACGGCCAACUUCGUGGCCCCCGAGGUCCUGAAGCGGCAAGGCUAUGACGCGGCCUGUGACAUCUGGAGCCUGGGCAUCCUGCUGUACACCAUGCUGGCGGGAUUCACCCCUUUUGCUAACGGGCCGGACGACACUCCGGAGGAGAUCCUGGCGCGGAUCGGCAGCGGGAAGUACGCGCUGUCCGGGGGGAACUGGGACUCCGUCUCGGAGGCGGCCAAGGACGUGGUGUCCCAGAUGCUGCACGUGGACCCGCAGCAGCGCCUAACGGCACUUCAGGUCCUCAAACACCCGUGGGUGGUGAACCGAGAGCACCUGCCCCAGAGCCAGCUCAGCCGGCAGGACGUCCACCUGGUGAAGGGCGCCAUGGCUGCCACCUACCUUGCCCUCCACAGGACGCCCCAGGCCCCGCGGCUGGAGCCCGUGCUGUCGUCCAGCCUGGCCCAGCGCAGGGGCAUGAAGAGACUCACGUCCACGCGGCUGUAGCCAGCAGGACCCGACACCUGGCUGCGGGCACCGGCCUGGGACCCGGGCACGGGCGCUGCUUGAGCGACCGCGGCGCCUUCACUGGGCCCGCGUUUCCCCUUCAGCCUGAGAGGGUCCGAGGGCACCCUCCCCACGCCUCCUCGCUCUGCUGCCUGCCGCCCCCUUCCCCGGCGGCCACAGGGACUCCUGUCGCCACCGCACUCGAAGGCCUUCCCCACCCCGGCACCUGCUCACUGGGCGGAUCUGCCACGUGAGGGCCGUGGUCAGGUAGGAGGAAGCGGGCAUGGCAGUGCCUCCCUGGAGGGGCCGGCUUCGAGGGCCCCGGAUGCCGGCGGCUGAAGGUGACAGAGGGCACGGGCACAGGAGCAGAGCCCGGCCCCUGACGACGACCCACGUCUUGAUGGCCUCGUCUCGCUGCCCCACGUGUGUGACGAGGUCCGGGCUGUGUCCUCGCAGCAGAUCUGAGCAGGAGGCACCCCCAGAACCGCCU